GACCACGCCUAUACGCAAUUCAGAACAAUGACGCUGCGAGAAAUUGGUUAUUUUCCUACCUUUACCUUUACGCCUCCUUCCUAAAAUACUGUGCCGAAUUGAGUGAUUUACUGUUAUGAUUCAUUGGGUUAGAUCAAAAAAUCGGAAGUCAGGUAAGAGCGUAUGGAUAACCUAUAUUGAUGAUGAUGUUAGUAACGGAGCUUGGCCGUAAUAAUGUUAAAAUGGAGGAACAACGGGGCCUAGGGUGAUAUUUUACAGGAUAUUGACAUAUUGCUUGAAAAUAAAAUGAUCAUGAACCAAACCGAUGAGACGGUAUCGACUGACAUGGUCACAUCCUUUAAUGGCAAUAGCUGCGAAGAAGUUGAAGUGAAACCCGUUGAUUUCACAAAUCCAUACAUAAGUAUUCUUCUAGUAUUCGGUUUAAUCGGUUCAGUAGGAAACGCAGUCGUCGUCGUAGUUAUUAUGCGCUCCAAGUCUCUUCGUUCAAAGUUAACUUAUCAGUUAGUGUGCAAUCUAGCUUGUUCGGACUUCGUAGCAUCAGUCUUUAUGAUCCCGCGGCCGGAUAUCGCUUACGACCAAAGCAUCGUAAUGAAGAUCGUCUGCCGGGUGUACGGCUCUGAUUUCCCGCUGUGGAUGAGUUUUGUAGUGUCUGUGAUGGCAAUGCUAAUGAUCGCACUGGAUCGAUACUGGGCAAUAGUAUCCCCUCUUAAAUACCAAACCAUCACCUUAUCUGGAAAGACCUUCCUACUCAUAGUCUUUCCAUGGGUCGCUGGAUUCGUAAUACAGGGUUUCUGCAUCAUUGUCAGAGACGUCGACGAAUGUGGAAAGUGUAGAAACUUUUACAACUGGGAAUACGCGCUUCCUAUGGUUGGAAGUACUGUUUUCAUUUUUUCAUACCUGAUUCCGAUUAUAUGUAUGAUGUUUCUGUAUUACAAGAUUAUUCAAAGUAUGUCGACAAUGGCGAAAAAUAUGGCCGAUUAUCAACAAGACAAAGCUGCUAAGACUUUGGCAAAAACUAAAACAAAAAUGGUGUGGGUGUUUUUUGCCUUGACGGUUUUCUUCACAGUAACAUGGGGGCCUGACCAGUUUCUUUAUCUCUCCUACACAAUGGGUGCAUCGGUGUACAAAGGUACGGUUUACAAUAAACUGAUCGUACUUAUUGCAUUUUCAAACAGCAUUAUCAAUCCAUACGUCUAUGCCUUCACUCAAAAUACAGUCAGAAGAAAGUUAGGUCUGGACCGCAAGAAGAAACGAAAACAGGCAGCGUUCUCAAUUGAUAAGAGUACGAACAGCACGACUGAGAGCUCCAGAACUUCGAAUACAUCGCUUAGCACAAUAUAGUUCACAGUACCUAGUUUCAGUUAGAUUAGUAGAUCUAUCUGGUUUAAUCUAGUUCGAUCUAAAUGUUAAUUAUGUAAGCUUUAUAUCUGACAAAAUCCCACAGUAUUAAAAUCUUCAAAAUCCAAAUGGCCGAAAAGGCUAUUCUUUUUACUUUUUGCGAAGUUAUUAGUUGUAUACGCACUAACAUGAAGUGUGCAUUAUAUAAAGUUUGGUCUUAAGACUUAUGCAAUUUUAGUCAAAAUCUAAAGACACUAUGGAAAAUAGAACCCGAAGGAGCCAUAAUUUCCUGGAAAAAAGCCUGAUUCCCGGCAAAGCUGAAAGCUAUUUUGAAGAAACAUGUCUGUCAAAUACAUAAUUAAACUUGAUUUAUUGCUUUUAAAUUUGUGGUAUUAAUUAUAUCCUGUCGAUCCCUGGAUCCCUUAUACUUGUUUGAGUUACAACUACAGUUAUGUUAGUAAAGAUGAAUGUAGAAGACUUAAACAAACUUUUUUAAAAAGCAGGAAAGCUGAUGCUGAUCUUAAUUUUUUAGACGAAGAAAUAUAGCUUCAAAUGUUUGUUUUUUCUAUAGUGUCCAAAACACCUUGAAAAUAAUUAUUUUAAAGUCAAUCACGUUGUUUUAUACGUAUAUAUUCUUUUAAUCUGGCUGCGACGCCAUGACUUUGCCAUAUGCAUAGAUUCUAGGCAUCUGAUUGGUCGAAAGUGCGGGAGUAAACCACACCCCGCGCUCCAUCUCGCAGACGCGUUGCUACUGCGGACACCGCGAGCACGACACGGUGCUACCAUGCCAAAAAGGCCUGUAUGUAUUGUUGGAGGCUUGCAAAGUAGGCCUACUGUAUUAGUACAAAGAGUAUAAAUAGAACAAGAGAGCCAACAACGCUCAUUGAGAACGUAAAAAAACGAUACGCCCUACGCAGCUAGUGUAGGACGCCAACUAACGCUUGUAUGUUUUUUAUUACCCAGUACUACCAUUAUAGCCCUCUUGGAUACUCGGUCACUGAUUUCGAGUCUUUCCUAUCUAGGCUUUGUCCUAUCUCUUGGGCUUGAUUAUACCCCAUGACCCGUACUGUGGCCUGGCCUAUGUACAUACACCUUCGAUAGUUGUAAUUAUGCCACUAAAUCAUUCAAUAUUUGUAAACUGCUGUACUUUUCUCUCAAUAUUUAUUUUAAUUCGUUCAUUGUUUAGUAGUGUAUCAAACAUAGCAUGUUCGUUCAGUAGGCCUAAUACAAAAUAGUUCAGUAAUUGAGCAAAGAAAGUACUGCACAGAAACACCAAUCGUAAAAAUUAUUGUUGUAUAUAUUUAAUAAAAUAAUAAAUUAUUGUUUGUGUAAUGACAGACACUGUAAAAUUGUAAUUUCACUGUAAUCACCGUCAAAAUGUGUCAUUACGUGAUCAUAAAGACAUAUUGGUCCCAACUAGGUUAGAAAAAAUGUAAUUCUAAUUGAGUAGAACGUUAAAAUAAAUGUAUGAAUGAUGUUACUUCCAUUAGAUUUGUUCAUAGUAAUUGAGGGGGUGUUUAUUUGAGGAAAUCUAAACGCCUCGACAGGGCGUUUAUUCAUUUGAAGGAGGCGUUUAUUUCAAAUGAGGCUCUAAAGGGGUGUUUAUUCGAGGGGGCGUUUAUUCAAAGCGGGGCGUUUAUUCGAAUAAAUAUGGUAUAUAUCAUAUUUGUUCAUUUUUUUUGCAAUGGAAAUAUAUAUUUGUAAUAAGAAUAUCUUCUUGAGGUAACGGACAAAAAAUGAAGGCGAUACCGUCCUUCUCAUGAGGUUUGUUCCUUAAACUAGCACUCACUGAUAAAUUGAAUUCUCGGGUCCAGUGCUACCACCAAAUCAAGACCACCCGAGUAUCAAUUAGAGGGUUAGCUUUGUGUUUAAAAAAAUAAAGAUUGAUAGUUAAUUUAGAAUUUUCAGGGGUCUUAGAAUUAGAGAGGUUUCAAUUUGGAGCUGAAUUGUAAACUUUGUCCAUGUUUCGUUAUUCAAUUGUUCAUUUUUAAGUACCGUAAUUAUAUUUGACUGCUUACACACACCCUUAAAGCUACCAUGUGUAUCCACAUUUACAAAUACAAACUUUUGUAUAACUUAUAUAUUACUUUUGUAACUAUAUUGUAAUAUCAAAGAUUAUUGAUAAAUUUAAAUGCUUCCGUAAUCGACCUCUCCGUUAAGCCCCUUGGAUAUUGUUGGUAAGGUCAAAAUAAAACAAUAGGCUCUAUAGAGUUGUCACCAGCUUAAGAAAACAAUAACGAAAACGGCAUCACAUUUUUAGACAACCCAGGGGCGGAUCAAGAAUUUUUCAAACAGGGGUGUGGGGGCACAACAGUUUUCAGAAUAGACUCUGAUAAGUGAGUAACACAUAACACUGAUAUGCAUUUGAAAUUUUAAAAAUUUAGUAUCAAAAUGGGGGGUGGGACACGUGCCCCUUCACCCCUUACUGGAUCCGCCCCUGUACCCUUUCCCUAAUAGCAUAUCUGUCACGAUUCAUGUCUGUUGCAUGAACCAAGGAUCAUAUUCAGCUCGUACAGCAUAUUGUCACGAAUGUUUUAGGCACGAAUGACGAUAAUGAUAAAUGACGUCUUGAUAUUCGUUAUCGUGGGACAAUACGUGUGUUUGUAGGACGCGCGCGUAUUCCUAACCAUGUCCCGAUUGGUCAAUUUAUAAGUUUGCUUGACACUCCAUUAACGUUUAUUGUCUUUUCAGGUAAUCCCAUCACAAAAAACUGAAUUGAUUCGUCAUUAAUGGACCUUUCCGCUAAUCUCCGCCCCUUGGAUAUUGUUGCUAAGGUCCCGCAAAACAAUAGCGUAAAAAUGUACGUAAACGUAAACGUGCGUUUUUGGGACAACAGUGUAUUUGUAGGACACGCACGUAU